UCUCCUCUCUAGAGAUUCUCUGCUUACAGUUCUUUGCUGCAUCACAUGACUACAGCUCCUCCUUUCAAGCUAAACGCGGGACGCGUUUCUGGACAGAAGCAAACUGAGGCUGUGGUAAUAGUACGCAGGGUAAAAUGACAUUAAUUCAAAGAGAAAUUCUUGGAUUAUUAAGAGGCAGGGAUAAUCUUCGAAACAGAUGUAAGAUUGUGCGAUGGAUGCAGAAAAAAAUAAUUCUGCCCAGAGCAAUGAAAUGCAACUCAUGCAAGAAAAAAAUGAAGUUACACAAACGGUUCCAAGGAGAUGGAUAUCAGUGGUGUUGCACAAGGAAUGCACAUCACCAUACAGACAUUACGGCUUCUGUCCGGAAGGGGUCUAUGUUUUUUCGCUCCCGUUUAUCUCUGCGACAACACUUAGAGUUCAUCUAUAGGUAAGCAAUUAUGUAUUGUUUGUGAAAAAUAUAUAAACUUUACAGUAAACUAAAUGCCACCAAGACAUUAUUUUACUAUUAAUGUUUUUUAACAGUAGCUAUAGUAACAAUAUGGCUACAGACAAUAUUCACAAUAUCCAAUCCUAAGAUUUUCUCAGGGCCUGAGACAGAGACAGAUGGACCUUAUUGAGGAUGGGAUAGCUGGCAGUAGCAGAACUCUGACCAAAAUGACAUCAGCUUUGAGAAAAGUCUGCAUUUCAGCGAUGACAAAACUUCGACAGCGUGGAGGGAUGCGUGUUGGGGGCCCACACCACUUUGUGAUGAUAGAUGAGAGUAAAUUCUCACACAAAAGAAAGUACAAUCGUGGACGUGUAGGUUCUACCUGGCGACGGAGCAAAAAGUGGGUACUAGGAAUUCUUGAAGUGGGCGUUACCACCCGGAAGCCCAUACUGAAAAUCGUCUCCAAGAGGUCGAGUGCACAGAUGCUACCUGUUGUGAGACACUAUGUGAGAAGAGGCACCAGUAUCAUUACUGAUGAGUGGCGAGCGUACAGAGGUCUUUCAGAUCUUGGAUAUGACCACCAUACUGUUUGCCACAAGAGACAUUUUGUACAUCCACUCACUAGGGCUCACACCCAGCACCUGGAGAGGGCUUGGCAAAAAUUCAAGGUUGAUGUGUGGCGACACAGAGCAAACCGAAACACAAAACUCCUGAAACAGUACCUGAAGAUUAUAGAAUGGGAACACUGGCUCGCCAAGAAGCACAAAUGGGGUAUACUGGGAAGACUGCUCCAUGACAUUAGAAAAAUGUAUAAAAGCCAUUCUUAAUUAAAUAGUCCAGAGGAGCAUUCAGAAUAGUGGAUCUUAGCAUCUGCAGUCAUUAAAUGCAAAAAUACAUAAUCUGUAUUAAUAUGUUUUAAUAUUGGCACAUAGUUUGACAGUGUGUUCAAGGAUAUUUUUAAUAAUAGAGGCAAAUAUGUCCAGCUAAUUUCCAUCCAUGUAAUUUAAUAUUUUGGUCACGUUCGUUAUGGUUUUUGCAAUAUAAAAAUAGUACUGAAAUUCAGAUUUACACUUUUCUGACUCUAAAUCAAUUACUGAUAAAAACAGAAAAUGUAAAAUAUUAAUGGUUUUGGGUUAUAUGUUUGUAAACUCGCAUCUUUUUUGUAUACAUCCAUUAAGUAGAUUUGAUGUAAAAUGUAUGCAUUGUUAAUAAAUGCUACCCUGUUUAAAGUACAAACUAGUAAUUGUGUUUUUCUGUUUAGACAUUAAUCAUUAUCGUGCUGUAAGGAACAUUUAUGAAGCUUUAUAAUUUGUUAUAUACCUUUGGUAAUGUGGAAGAACUCAUCACUUUACUUAAAGUCUGUAAAAAGUGCUUAUGAAGCUUUAUAAUUUGUCAUAUGCCUUUGUUAAUGUGGAAUAACUCAUCACUUUACUUAAAGUCUGUGAAAAGCGCUUAUAAGUGUUCAUUAGAUGUUAUGUGCAUUUACAGAACAAUUUUCUUUAUAGCAUAUAGCAGUUAGAGGGAAGGCAUCGCUGUGGAUCUUUAUAAAGCAUC